GCGCGCGUGCGUGUGGACAACAUGCCGAGCAAGAAGCAGUCUCUGCGCCCCCGGCUGUGCGCGCUGCAGAAGGGGGACAACGGAUACGGCUUCCACCUCCACGGGGAGAAGGGCAAGACGGGCCAGUUCAUCCGCCUGGUGGAGCCGGACAGCCCGGCCGAGUCCUCGGGGCUCCGCGCCGGGGACAGGCUCGUCUUCGUCAACGGAGAGGACGUGGAGACCGAGAGCCACCAGCAGGUCGUGUCCCGGAUACGAGCCACCGUGGGUCCGCUGGAGCUGGUGGUGGUGGACCCGGACACCGAGCAGCUGCUGAAGAAACACAACCUGAAGUGCCUGAAGGAGUUCGUCUCCGAGGGUCUCCCCUUACCGUUCGAGGAGGAGGAGGACAGGGAGCUGGAGGAGACAGAGAACGGGGAUGUGAAGCAGGAGGUGGAGGAGGAGGAAGAGGAGGUGGUGGUUCAAGAGGAGGUGGUGGAGCAGGAGGAGACACCCAAGGAGCUGACCCCGGUCCCGGUCCCGGAGAGGAACGGAGAGGUCCACGUGGAGAAGAAGCUGAGCAUCAGCUCUGAGAAGGAGGUGCAGGCUGAGCUGCGGCCACGUCUCUGCGUGAUCCAGCGAGGCCCCAACGGAUAUGGCUUCAACCUGCACAGCGAGCGGGCGCGGCCGGGCCAGUACAUCAGAGCCGUGGACGAAGACUCUCCAGCUGAGAGGGCCGGCCUGCAGCCCAAGGACAGGAUAGUACAGGUGAACGACGUCCCAGUGGAAGGGAAGACACAUUCACAGGUGGUCGCUGCCAUUAAAGCCGGCGGGGAGGAGGCUCGGCUGCUGGUGGUGGACACUGAAACAGACACCUUCUUCAAGAGGUGCAGAGUGACCCCCACCUCCGAGCACCUAAUCGGUCCACUGCCAGAGCCCGUCACCAACGGAGAAGUGGAGGAGAAGGUGAACGGCAGCAGAGACGCCGUUAAGGGAGAGAGGAACUCCAAGGUGUCGAUCAGUCCGUCGCCCUCCAACGCUUCCUCCAACGCCUCGCUCACGACCCCGACCACCAGCACCCCUCUAGAGGGUCCGAUGACCGACGCCAUCCCCGCUCUGAACCUCACCCUGCAGCAGGUCAAAGAGCUCACCCACCAGAAGCGCUCCAACAAGAGAGCCCCUCCAAUGGACUGGACCAAGAAAAACGAGCUCUUCAGCAACCUAUAGGACACCCCAACCCCCACUACACACAAUCUUAUUUCCUUCCUACAGACAUCAGAGAGAGAGAGAUUUUAUUAUAAGGAGGAUUUUAAAAGAAAAAGAGGAAGUUAUUGCUGUAAAAUAUAUAGUCUUAUUGUUAUUAGCCCUCAUAUAACUCGCAUUUUAUAUUGUUUAUUGUGUUACUAACCAGA